UGGCGUGCCUGUCAGAUGGUUUGUUGUUCUGUCUGGCAGGCUGAAGGGGGAAUGUGAGAAGUUUAACAAGGUAACCAGGAAACUGGACAGCCCGGCAGCUGAUCCGAUGGAGCUUCAGCAGCCGUAACUUUGUUGAAAGCAAAAACUUUUUUUUUCCAGAAGUUGUGAGGUUUGCUGAGAGCGUCAGAGAAGGUGAAGUAAAAAGAAGCCGCAGAGACUCCUGUUGUCGUGGAGGAGGCUGGAAGGUCGCCAUGAGAGAAGAGGUGUCCUGCACCAAUUCCCCUGAAGGAGGGAUGGGGGCCAGCGAAGAGGAGCUGGAGAGAGGAUCCAAAAAGUCCCUCCAACAAGGAAAUCGAAAACGCUCCCCUUAUCCCAAGAAGGAGAGCCUGAGUCAGGCAGAGGAGAGUUGCACGGGCAGCCCCAGCAGCCUGCUGCCAAGCGGGCCAAAGCGGCCCAAGAAAAGCCCGACAGCGGUCGUGUCACUGGCCCCCACGUCUUUGGGUCCCAGGUCUGAGCCCCCUUUUGAGGAACUCCACUCUCAGCGGGUUAUUGCCAACGUGCGGGAGCGCCAGCGUACCCAGUCGUUGAACGACGCCUUUGCCUCUCUGCGCAAAAUUAUCCCCACGCUGCCCUCAGACAAGCUGAGCAAGAUCCAGAUCCUCAAGCUGGCUUCUCGCUACAUCGACUUCCUGUACCAGGUCCUGCAGAGCGACGAGAUGGACGCCAAGCUGGCCAGCUGCAACUACCUGGCCCACGAAAGACUCAGCUACGCUUUCUCUGUCUGGAGGAUGGAGGGUGCCUGGGCCAUGUCCACCAGCCAUUAAGACCCCCCCCCCCACCCCUCAAGCUUCUCAAACUCCCUCUUGUGUCCACAUUUCAAUCCUUCUCCCUCUCCACCCUUGUCUGUGUUUGCAUCCAUUUCCUGACCUCUGACUCUGUGACUUCUUGGCUCACGGUCUGAUUUUAACCCUUUCAUCUCAAACCUCUGCAGACAUUUGUUCAGCGGUGCCUCGCUGCACGGCCGUUGGCCUCGUUUAAAUGCUUUCCUGAUGCAAAAAUGCUGUUGCCCUUUCCCUGCACUCUUUACUUUUCUGCCAUGCCAGUCCUACAGAUUUGUCAAGAGCAGCAAGUCACUCCACCUCAGCCCCUCAGAGACAAAUGGACAAAUGGGAAAUUCUCCAAACCUGAAGAACCUCUCUCCGGUCUCGCUCCGACAUUUUCCCGUCUGUGAGACUGAAGCUUCUCUUUUUCUUCCGUGGACGUGACUCAUCAUGAUGCAGCCACACGGCCUCCACCUCCUGAAACUCAGUGGAGAUGUGAAAGCAGUGAACUUCUGAACAAGCAAACAAAAAAUAGAGAAAACAAACAGCUGGCCUGCGGUGACAAUGGAACAAAGUGGCUGCUGGUUCGAGUGCCCUCAGUGACAUCCACCCGUCUCCUCUCCAGAGACGACUCGCUGCCUGACAGACAUUAAGAUGAUUAAUGAUACUGGCACAGGGAUGGUUGGAGGGCGGUCACAGCCAAUGAAUGUUUACAGCUAAGAUGCUAAUAAGCUAAUCACUCUGGCUCUAAAGUAAAGAAGAAGAGCUUGAGGAAUCUGACAUUGAGCUUCAACUUUGUUGUGCUGCAGCAACUGGAUAACUUUUUGUGUAUUUUUUUGUGUAUAUUUCUGUUAAAUACCGUUAACACCCCAUGUUACUCUGCUUUAAAGACAAAAAAUGUACGGUUCAGCCACUUGUCCAUCAGUGAGGUCUGUGCUUUGAAGUUAGCAGCUUAAAAAUGAUAAGUACAGUAAACUCAUGGAGCUAUAAGAGUUCUAGCAAACAGGCCAUAUUGAUAACGUGCACAGAUGAUCUGAUUCUUGUGUAAGUGGUUGCUCUCGUUUCUUUUUGUACUAUUUUCCAUUUGCUUUGAAUCGUUUUGUCUCGUGUCAUCUCCUUUGGACAAUAAAAAUGUACUCACUGGCA